UAUGUGUGGAAUUUUGGCAAUUUUCAACAUUAAAGGGACUUAUAUUGAAGUACGAACUCUUGCUUACGAUUUAUCAAAGAGAUAAAGACAUAGGGGUCCUGAUAGAUCUCGUAUCAUAAUAAUAGUAAAUUUUCAUUGUUAUUUCAUUAAGGAAGCAGGCCCAAAUACUUAUCAUAUACUAGCUCAUGAAAGAUUGAACAUUGUAGAUUUAAGUGAUAGAGGAAGACAACCCUUUUAAUUAGUUGAUGAUUAAAAUAUCUAUUAUAUGCAAAAUGGAGAACUUUACAAUUAUUGGUCAAUCAAACCAGAUUUUGAAAAAAAAUAUAAAUUUAGCAGCAAUUCUGAUUCAGAAAUAGUAGGAAUGCUAUAUAAAGAAGUAAAAGAUAUGGUUAUAAUAAAAGUAUGGUCCAAAUGAUUUUUGGAAUCAUAUGGAUGGUAUGCAUGCUACAAUUCUUUUGGAUAUGAAUAAUAAGACUUAUUAUGCAGGAAGAGAUCAUAUUGGAAUUAUUCCUUUAUAUUACGGUUAUAAUAAAGAUGGGGCCUUAUUUUUAUCAUCAGAAUUAAAGGGCAUUCAUGAUUAAGUUGUUGAAAUAAAAUAAUUCCCUCCAGGUUAGAAUUUAUUAUUAUUAAACAAAAGGACAUUAUAUAGAUUAAACUCAUGAAAUAAAGAAAUGGUAUAAUCCACUUUGGCAUAAUUUUGAUCACAUUCCAACUGGAGAAAUCAAUUUUUAAGAAAUGAGAGAUAAAUUUAUUGAUGUUGUAAGAAGAGAAGUUAAAGGAGAUGCACCAUUUGGUUUGUUUAUUUCUGGAGGGUAAUUAUAUCUUAUAUCAUAAUUGUAGUGUUGAUUCAUCUAUUGUUGCUGGUAUUGUUGCAAAAUUGAUAAAAAAUGGAGAGAUUGAUUUAAGCAAAAGAGGAAUGAGAAAAGUUCAUUCAUUUUGUAUUGGUUUAGAAGGAUCACCAGACUUACAUUUUGCUAGAAAAGUAGCUGAAUAUCAUGGAUUUGAACAUCAUUCAUUUACAUAUACAGUUGAAGAAGGUUUAGAUUAUAUUCCAGAAGUCAUAUAUCAUACAGAGACUUUUAAUAAUACUACAAUUAGAGCAUCAACUCCUAUGUAUAUGAUGUGUAGAAGAAUUAAAGCUUUGGGAAUUAAAAUAUGUUUAACUGGAGAAGGAAGUGAUGAAUUAUUUGGAGGUUAUUUGUAUUUCCACAAAGCUCCAAAUAGAGUUGAAUUUCAUCAAGAAUUAAUUAGAAAAUUAAAUGAUUUACAUAAAUACGACCUAUUAAGAGCUAAUAAAGCUUGUUUAGCAUGGGGUAUUGAAACUAGACCGCCUUUUAUGAAUAAGUCAUGGAUAGAAUAUGUUAUGUCUAUUGAUCCAAAAUAUAAAAUGAUCAAUGCUUUCUAACCAUAAAUUGAAAAAUACAUAUUAAGAAAAGCUUUUGAAGAUUUAGAAAAUCCAUUUGUUCCAUAAGAAAUAUUAUGGAGAUAAAAGGAACAAUUCAGUGAUGGAGUAGGUUACAGUUGGAGAGAUGGAAUUAUAGAAAGAGCCAAUCAAUUAAUCUCUGAUUAGUAAUUCUCUUAAGCCUCAACUACUUAUCCUUUGUCAACCCCUAGGGAUAAGGAAUAAUAUUGGUUUAGAUAAGUUUAUUCUAAUGCCUUUCCAAGUGAUAGUGCUGCCUUAUCAGUACCUUAUGCCAAGUCUAUAGCUUGUUCUACUGAAAAAGUAUUUAUAGAUAAAAUAUAUCCUUUAGGCUUUAGAAUGGGAUGAGGCAUUCAAGAAAAAUACAGAUGAGUCUGGUAGAGCAGUAUUAUCAAUACACAAUGAUGCAUUAAAGGAAAUCUUACAAGAAGAAGAUAAAAUUACAGAUGAAAGCAUCAAAGUAUAGGAUCACUUUUAACUGUGAUA